GCUUAAUGUAAACAAGUUGAUCUAAAAACAAUACUCUGUUCAAAAAACUAAGAAAAGACAAACUGCUUCUUGAGAUGCAGGAUUGAGUUGGAGGCUGUUGCUGAAGGUUCCCAGGUUUGCGCGCUGCGUUUUAGGUUUGUGCUCAGCUACUGAUUUGCGCUGAAGGUUUCUGGUUUGUGCUGAAGCUUCCCAGGCUGCGUUUUUGUGUUCCAGCUUUGCGCUAAGCCUUCGAGAAACAAGAAUUAGUCGAUCACUUUACGAUCGUUAGGUAUCACUGUAUCAGUAAGGGUAAUAUAGAUAUUUGAUUUAUUUUUAAUAAUUCUUAUUUAAUUUAGUGGUUGUGUUUAGUAAAAAGGUGGUCGUGAAUAGAAUUUCCCUACAAAAUUACGUUCCAAUUCGGCCCAGGCCUUCCACAUGGGCUUCCCCGUUCCGGUUUGGCUCACAACCGUAUCGCCGCCGUCAAACUUCACAUUCUCAAUCAUAAUCUGGACGGCGGGCAGUGGCUAAUGUAUGGGCAGUUGGGCCAGGCAAUUGUCUUGGGUCUCACAUGCCAAAGGGGCCCCAAAAUAAAAUAAAAACUAUUAGUAUUAGUAGUAUAGUGCGUAGUAUUACCUCCGUCCCACUCAACUUUGCCAAGUUGAUAUUAGGUGAGAAAUUAGAAUAGUAAAAAUUGUGUGGUUGAAAUUUUUACAGAGGAGAGAGAAAUGAACAGAGCCACAAAUUCAUUGGUGGCAAAGUUUUUUGGAACAAACAAAAGGGGAAAGUUUAGGGGACGGAGGGAGUAAUUUAUAAGGAUAAUAAUUAAUCAAAACUUGCCUUACGGCUUGGUGCUUAGCUGCUCUGAACUGCAGAUUUUUAACUCUCCAAGCUAUUGAGCGAGUAGCGACCAUCCGCCGUGCCGAUUGCUAAAGACUCGAAGUGCCGAAGACCGGCCGCCGCUGAGUGCCAGCCUGCCGACUGUGACUCUGAGUCUCCGACCUCUUAUUUUUCUGUCUAGGCCUCCGAAAGGCUAAAGACGUCCCUGACGGCCGGCUGAGUAUUCUUCAAAGCAAUGAACCCAAUUCAAAGACUUUAUUUCGUCAUUCUUAGAAAACCUCUUCUAAACCCAACUGCCUCCACUCGUGCGGCUCUCCGCCGUCUCUCCGUCAAAACCGGUGACGACGAGUGGAACGUCGCGUGGGAGACCGCAUGGCUGCCGGAGGAUCUAUCGGGGAAGAACCGAGCUCCUUGGGAGACUGACGUUAACUUCUCGCUUGCCGAUGACACCUCGAACUCUUCUCAUACUCCUCUUUCGUCGGAAGUUGACGGCGAAACCAGGGCAUUCGUGGAGGAGAUGAACGACAAUUGGGACCAGAGAAAGGGGAAAAGUCCCAAAAAAAGCUCAAACACUGAUGAUAUUGCCAAGAAAAAUGAAAAUGAGAGGUCCAUUUAUAGUUUAGAGAAUAUGAGGAAGGAUUAUAGGGUUAAGAAACAGAGAAUACAUGCGGGAUUGUGGGUGAAGGAGAUUGAGAAGAUGGAGGAAGCGAAGCUUGGAGUUGGCGGCAAUGCUGAUGAUAUCGAAAAGUUGCUGGAUAGCGCCUCCGAGAUUUUUGACUCUGCAAAUGAUGACUUGAAGAACUAUUUACAAGUGUCAGGUUGUGAUAUAAAAAACAAGCCGGAUGGAUGGGAAACAACAGCAAAGAGUGUAGAUGGGAACAUCUGGGAGAUGUCACAGAGAGAAGAAGAUCUUUUGCUUCAAGAGUUUGAGCGUCGAAUUGCAUUCAACAAGUUCCAGAUAGGGAGCUUUAUAAAGACACACAUAUUCAGUAGAAGGAGACCAAUUGAUGGGUGGAAGUACAUGAUUGAGGAGAUAGGACCAAAUGCAAGGAAAGGAGGGAAAGGAAGUGUUACCAGGUUACCCACUUUAGCUGAUGCGUCCACUCAGCCCUUUCAUCAAGAGGGCACACCAACUCCACAUCAUUCUCAAAGAAGAACAAGGACAAGAGCCAACUAGCUCUUCUUCUGCCAGUUGCACCAAGAGUAAACCAAAAGGGAAAUAAGCAAAAGAACACCACCACUCCAUGAAUCUGUGUAUUAUUUUAGCUAAACCGUGCAGUUAAAUAAUAUGCACAUGCAUGAUACUAAGAAAAUUCCUAGGAACCCUCUUUUGUGUUGGCUUAAUUAUCUAACUUGGGCGGCUUAAUCAUCUACGUUUUUGUCAUAUUAUUAGGUCCCAAUAUCUUCAAUUUUCUUAGCUACUCUAAUUGGCUACAAGUUUUCAUAUCAUUGCUAAGUUGAUAAUUUAUGCAGUUUGGCAAGGUUGCGACGUUGCGUACAUUUGACCCUCUUACCCUACCAUAGGUGGGAGCCUUUGCAACAUUGGGG